AUGCUGGAGCAUUUGCAGACUGUCGGCCUCGCCUACACCGAUUGGUUCAAAGAAGAUGCGUGUGCCCCCCACAGCCAGAACCGCUACGGUCAAGGAUUGGAUGCGAUGCUGGCUCAUAAGCUGCUGACGUCAAUCGCAUUGGACGGAUGGGCAUAUUCAGAAGCGAAGGGGUACGCGUUUGAGGUGAGCAGGGAUCCCGCCAAGCUCAAGCUGCAGUUGGACUUCCAAGACGAGCUGCACUCAUCAUCGGACGGAAUGCUGCCGAAGAAGCAGAAACAGAACGUGAAGAUCUUAACGGUUGGAGGUUCCCACACCAUCGCAACCGUCUCAAUCGUGAAGAACGGUGCCAAGAUGUGCGAGGGUGUGAGCCACGAGCUGGCCAACAGCGAGGGCUACAUCUGCAAGGACAAAGUUCUAUCCAAGUGCGGGUCCUCCAAGCAACCGCUCGAGAAGGGCAUGCCCUUCACAGUGGUUCGGGCCUGCGUGGAGGACGCCUGCCCGCGCCUGCCGUGGUUCCUGCAGGACGCGAUGAACAAGAGCCACAAGGCGACCCAGGAAGUCACGUUCGUGUCCACGCUCAUGCAGAUUUUCAACAUCGCCAAACUUCGCACGGCCUGCAACGCGGAGAUCGAUUGGGACCAGAUCGCGAGAGACGUAGCAGAAGACAGGCCGAAACUCGCGAACGUGGCACACUACCUUUGCAAGUACGUGCAAAACUGGGCAGGAGGUGAUACUGGACAUCUGCUGGCGGACUUGAACGAUUUCUGGUCGUCUUUGACAUUGCGCCGUGAAGUACACGAGGUCACAUGGAAACUCAUGAGCGAUCUGAGCUUCCUCGAGGGCCCCGACUAUGUGAACGCGCUGAUGAAAGCAAUCGUCACGGCGCCCGAAUCGUUCUGCAGCAAUGGUUACAGCAAGUUGAUCAACGGUGGCGACGUCGCCGACAUCAAUGGCAAGAAGAGGAUUGAGUGCGUCACCGCGUGCCUGUGCUUCGAGCACGCGAGGGCCUACCUGGAUCAGAUCAGCAUGCUGACCCAGGCCGAGAAGGUCAAGGUGCUAGGAGAUUUCCAGAUCAGGACCGUCUGCACCAUCCACGGCAAGAAGGCGAAGACGAGGAAGAACUACGACAACAUCGAGGCGGUGAAGCAGGCCUUCUUGCUGGACGUCAGCGCCAUAAUCGGCACGGCCGCGAUGGCAUCCAUCAGGCCGCCCUGGGAGUUCAAGCCCAAGCAGGUUGCAGAGGAGUCGACGGGCUUGCGGCAGUUCGAUGGCAAGGGCUUGAACAUGACUGCGCUCCAGCAGUUGGGCUUCGGCAUUGGCUCGAAGGUUUACGAGGGCAGCGACCCCGAGACAGCCUACACCAUCAUGGAGUUCGUGGACGGCGUGGCCAAGCUGCAGGAGGACGACGGCGACGACGGGGUGCAGGGCAGCGUCAUCGAGGUUCCGUUCGGCAAGCUGGCAGACACGUACCAG